AUGGGUAGGAAAAUACCUGGAAAAAAGCACAGGGGUAUUAAAGAUCCGCACGAACAGCAAUCAAGAAGAAAUGAACAGCUGAAGAAUAAAAUCAAUGCAGCCCCUUUAAAUCCGGAUGAACAAGAAGUUCCAAAAAGCUUCAUCGAGAUAUCAAGGCCUGUAUCGACAAAAGAAAAUGUAGUAACAUAUCCUAAAUUACCACAUUUUGCUGCCAAUGAUACAAGUGACAUUAUGAAUUUAUCAGAAGAUAAACUGUUACCACUUAUGGAACAAAAGGCUGGUGAAAGCGAAGAACAUUUUUUGGAUAGAAUUCAAUCUGCUACUGAUGAACUUAUGGAUGAGGCACAAAUGGAAGCAAAAUUCAAUGUAAAAGUUAAGAGAAAUAAGUACGGUCAUGUUGAAAAGGUUGAAAUGGGUAAAUCAAACAAUACAGAUAAUAUGCCUGAAGCUGAAACGAGGAAGCGUUCAAAGAAAAAGGUUCCAGAAACUGAAAACAAAGUGAAAAGACUGAGUAAGCGCAAAAGGAAUAAAUUAAAGAAGACAGCCCAGCAGGAACCAAUUAGUGAUGUCAAAUAUGAUAAAGUCAAAUUCGGAGAAGUAGUACACGAACCGCCUAAUUUCAAAAAACUACCGAGAGGUGUAGAAGGACACAAAUCCAAGGGGAAGAAUCUUCUUCUAAAUUCAUUUCUUGGAGGAGACCAGAAACCAUCUAGAAAUAUAAAUGUAUCAAUGUCUAUGAAACAAAAGUUAGAAAAGCAAAGAAAAGAAGUUGUUGCAGCUUAUAGAUUGUUAAAGGCAAGCAAAGGCAACUAUUCAAAAAUGUAA